ACGUCACAACGUGUUCGACACUUUAAUCGUAUAUGUGGCGCGAAGUACUACGGUUGGCGAGAACAUUGUUUGGAGACGUUUAAAUGUCAUCUCUAACAACAAUUCGCGUAAAAUCGAACAAACACAAUCAUGGCUACAUCUACAGACAUCGCUACGAUCCGAAUGCAGAGGUAUCUGAACAUGCCAUUGGUACAGCGGUGCAAGGAAAUAGCAACAUUGAUAGAGGAAUCCAGUACAACAGAAUUACACCAUGUAUUUCCAAUACUGAUCGAUUCAUUAUUUGGAACAACUGAUAAUAUUGGUUGGGGCUUACACAGCAUCACAUUUAAGAAAAAUCCACAAGAAUAUGAAAUGCUUUGUAACUUCCUUAACCCACAGGGACCAGUUUUCUCUUUAUGUUAUAAACUACUACCAGACUGUUACUUGAAGUACAAUUUUCCAGUAUCAUAUUUGCCGGUAAAAAUACGUUCAAUGCUGGAGGAAGGUGUAAUACCACCAUUCUACCUUGAUAAAAUUAGAGAUGAUCAGGGUACACGUGCUGUAUCUGUGUUAAAUAUGAAUCCCUUCGAAUAUUACAUCUUUCAUUUUGCUUAUCAUUUAACAAACCCAUGGCUACAAGUGCAGCAACAAGAAAAUGUUUGGGUUAACUGGGAAACUGUUUAUGUUCAAUUAGCGCAUUGUUACUUGUACCACUUUUUACCUAGAGAUAAUUCUCCAGUUUUGCCUAUCAUUGGUCCAUAUAUUCGGAAGACACCUCAAAGAAAAUUAGUGCAAUCCCCGGAAUCUAAAAGAUUGCAAACUCCGCGGCUGCUGAAAACAUCAAUAUUAUCGCCAGGAUCUCCGAAUGUCACGUUCACUGUACCGCAGCAGCAGUGUCUACCGCAAGUAUGGAGAAGCGAGACUGUAGUUCAAGUUUUUCUCGACUUCUGGUUAGAAUGCUCAGAAGAGAAUCAGUUGAACCCACGAUUAGGGACUACGUAUGUUUCGUCCGUUCCGCGUCGACAUAGUAUUCAUUCUGGAGAACACAUACGCCUUGUACGAGCAUUCAUAAAAACCUUGCACGAGUUUGCAAACAGCGCGAUAGGCGAUAAAAGUGCAAUGGACGAAUUGAAACGAAUAAUUUUGCCUUCUGUCCAAGGCAAGAUCUACACAUUCCUACGAAAAGCCAUAUAUCAUUGGCCUUUAGAUAGUUCAUUUAGAUUAAUUCUUGAAGCAUGGUUGAGCUUUAUUCAGCCAUGGAGAUAUUUCCCUGGUAUAUCAUAUACAAAGGAAGGUAAACCGGAAGAAGAAGAACGGGGAAAAAUAUACGAUGCGUACAGGUGGAUGCCCUUUGUUGCAAACAAUCUAUUAGCGUACACAGCUAUAUUUGAACAACUACUCCCGCGUUUCAUGAGAACAGACCUCGUAGCUCCUAAAAAUGCAUUAAUGUUGUUCAGGGUUACCAAAGUGUUUUCGCAACCUUAUUUAGCAAAAAUGAUAUGCGAGGUUGAGAGUCACAUGGACGAUGUUGGAUUGAGUAGAAGUCGAGCAUCUUCGAAUCAAUGGGCUUCGAUUGUACGACAACAAAUUUUAGAACUCGAAGGACCGACGUACCAAUACGUUCCAAUGUUUUCAAUGUCUACCGCUUCGCAAGUCGUAUGUCUGUUGAGCACAAUAAAGCAGGCACAUUUAACCGCGACUAGUCUGAUCGAUGCAUUAGAAAAGAAACGAAAAAAUAGACGGUUUUUGUUAGCAAUAUGGGAGUUUUUCAAUAACGAAGAUUCUUCGGACGACAUCAGUAUAGAAGAACGACGUCGAGUUCCCAUCUACUUGGCAAAUGCACAGCAACAAUUAAUUGAAAUUUUCGAGAUAAACGUAGAAAACAUCCCUCAAGUAGCAAUCGAAGCCGAUCAAGAGUAUCACGAGAGCAUUUUAUCGACAUCCUUUUGUCAUCAAUCACAAACGGAUUCGAGCUUAGAUACGAGUAAGCCAGGUGUUUUUGUAUCCGUGCAAAAAGACAGGCAAACGUGUCAAUACAUCGAGUACAUGGGAGAUCCAGAAUUACAGCCAGUGAGAAGCAACGAGUGUGCUUUCCUUGUUAGAUAUUUUUACAAACUUUGCGUUUACGUAAAUAUGAAGUACCGACACAAGAUAACCGCGAUGUACCAUCAGCGUGGUUUCUUUGGCAGUGUUUGCCGACAGAUCUUACAACCACCCACCAAAGUUGUGAAGCUACCAAAAAGAACACAGGAUGGGUUCUCCAGUGGUUACGAGGAACGUAUUCCCCCUCGACUGAGUUUACGACCGCUGGCUAAUUAUAGUUUUCUCCUAACCAUGUGUUUAGGAAUAUUUAUCGCUUGGCUGACAAAUUACGGUGCCUUUGCAUUUCUCGGAUUCGUUUUUUGCAUGUGGUUUGUAUAUAUAAUAGUACGCGCGACAUUGGAGCCUUGGACUAGAUGGAGCGUGGACAGAUUUAGGCCCAAUACAUCGUUCUCCGUAACUCAAUAAAUACAAUCAUCGCGUUAUUAAGGACUGACACGUGCUAUUUUGUACGAUAUUCAAAGGUAUUCGUAAAGUAAAUUUGUAUACGAAUUGUAAUUUUUCAAAUAUUUAAGCGGAUAUGUUUGUGUAUAAAAUAAUUUAAAAUAAAAUUUAAUGCUUUUUUGAAAGUACGAAAA